ACUCUCAACAAGGAGAUGGAGGAAAGAUAUCGCGAGAGAAAGAACUAUAGACAUAGACACUUCAAAAAUCAUUAUGCUGGACCAGAAGAUUUGGAGAAUGUCCUCUCUAAGCCACCUAACCAUUGCACUAAGGAGGCUUGGCAGCUUAUUUGUGAAAUGUUUUUGAGCGAAAGAUUUUUGGCUCGUUCCGCUAAAAAUCAAGCAAACAGAAGACAAAUGAAGUAUGUAACAACACAAGGCACAAAGUCGUUGGCAGCUAAGCGUCACGAAUAUGAGAACCCGGAUGCGCAUGUUGUUGAUACUUGGAGGGAUGCUCAUAUGAGAAAAUCGACAAAAUCUUUUGUCAAUGAGGCAGCUCAACAAGAUUAUGAAAAAAUGGCGGCUGAGGUUGAGAGGUCACAGAAUGAGAGGCAAAGUCAACAGCAGAGUGAGGCAUCUCUAAAUAGGCAUUUGCCACCACAAUCCGAAGGUGCUUCGUCUUCUCAGUCUCCGUCACAGCACAUAAAGAAUGAGAAAAGAGACUUAUCUGAACAACCACAUCAGUAUGGCGACUGUGGAGGUUGGGACGAAGGUCCCUCAAACGGUUGA